GGGGCUAAUAAAAUAAAGGGUAGAGGAAGACCUCAUCAGAGUCAAUCACUUCCCCAAAUCAGCCAGUCUGCUGUUACAGUAUCUGCUUCUGAUGAAUCUAAGAUUUCUGCCCUGCCAAAUUCACUUUCAGUACCUCACACGCAUCCGCCUCUUAUCAACACAGAGCAAAGGACAGACACUCCUCCACCAUCUAUCCACUCAUUACCUACGGCCAUUGUUAAUGGUUAUGCAUCAGACCCAUCACCACAUCAGUUACAAGGACCUCCGCCUCCUCUUAGGGGGAUUUACCCUGCCUUGCGUUUUAAAACUCCGCAGCCAACACACACUGGACAAAAAAAUUUAAUCCCGAUGCCCAUGUCAUUUGGUAUGCAUCCUCCGCAAGGCAUUGGUAAAAACAGUGGAUCUGUGGGGCCAAUGCACCCUCCUCUGCAUCCUAUCCAUUCCUUUAUCAAUACGCAGACUGGUGUACCUUCAAGCCAACUUAUGAUGCUGUCACAAACUCUUCAGUCAAACUCUCUUCCGCUGGGUCCCCAGUCACAGCAGUCAUCUUUAUCUGAAAGUGCUAAUGUUCUGUAUUAUGUUCCCCUGCAACCAAAUAUCCUUACAUCUAUAGCCAACUCUUCAGCUGCUAUCACAACUACUCAGUCCCACUUAACUGGCCAGCCCCACAGCCAUUCCCCUGCUCCAGCAGCAAGUUCGGGUGCUGAGCAGGUGCAGGGAGCACCGGUGAUUGUUAGUUCAGAAUUAGUGGACUCGGGCAGAUCGGAUGGGUCUUGUUUAACCCCACCAAGUCACACGCCACCACAUCACAAUAUUCUCAAGUCUCAAAGUAAUGCAAGUGGUCCUGACUCUGGAACUCCAAGUCCACCUCUUCCGCUUCCAUCAAGCACCAAACAGCCAGGUUUAUACUAUUAUGUUGUUCCUCAUCAGCAGAAUAAUGGAUAUGUAUCCCACAUGCCACCACUUUACCACCAUCUCCAGCAAAACCCACAACCUCCACCACAGCCUUUGCCAAAUGGAGUAGCCCCAGAGAUGUACUGGCCUGGUCACCGCUUCCCAGGUCAGAUGGCCCCUGGAGUGUGGCCCCCUUUUCUUUAUGGAAAUAGCGUAUAUCCACCUUAUAAUCCUUCUGUCAAUCCAACUGUGACUACCAACAGUUCAAGUAUGCAAACCAACACAUCAAAUCAAGCCCCACCCAGUGUGGUGGCUAGCACAAAAAGUUCGUGUUACAACUGUGGUCAUGUAGGUCACAAGGCCUCACAUUGUGAAGAGAAUACAAUGGAGAACAUGUCAAGU